AUGGACCCGCUCAUUGCGCUCGAAGACGUCGACUUUGGCGCGACCGGGACGUUUCCCAUGUACCAAUACCGCCAAGCCCAGUUCAACCAGCUCUGCCUCGGCGCCAACUCGACCCACCAGGACGCGACGGGCCUCCGCGUCUACGCCGGCGCCCACGUCCUCGCGCGCUUCCUCGGGUCGACACCGGGCCGCGCCCUCUUGCAUGACGCACGCCUCGUCGAACUGGGGUGCGGUACCGGUGCGGUGGGGUCCGUCACCGCCGUCACGGCGUCCGUCAAGAAGCUUCUCGUGACGGACGGCGACGCGCGAGCGGUGGCACUCGCACAGCGCAACGUCCAACACACAGUGCACGCGGCCAAGCCGGCCUUGGACACGUCCGCAUCUCAGUUGCUAUGGGGGCCCGGGCCGUCGACGGUCGGCGACUUUGACAUUGUCAUCGGGUGCGAGCUCAUGUACUACAAGACCAACCUCGACGCGCUCCUCGCGACGGUCCUUGCACUGGUGGAUGCUGCGAACGGACUCUUCCUCCACGCGCACCUCUUUCGGAAAGACGAGCACGACGCGGACAUGACCGCCUUCUUGACCAAGGCGGGCUGGGCGACGCUCGCCGUGCCCGUGCCGAGCUUUGUGCCGUACGAAGAGAUGCGGCUGUGGCCCAACUGGCUCAACACGUGCUGCUUGGUCUCUGGCCCAAAGGCGCGGAUCGCUGCGCUCGCCAUCGCCCACCCGAAAUGGCGUCCGUUUGUGGACGUUGCGACAACGCUCGAGCUCAACGAGCGCGCCGCCGAUGCGCAAGAGGCUGCAGAGGCGACCGCGAGUGACACGGACAGCGACGAUGGUGUCGGCGGUCUCUUUGGGUAG